CUACGAGCCAGAUAUUGUCCCCUGAGGGUAAAAGUUUUCGAUCUUCAAGAUCCGAGUUGCUCAGCCCAUGAACGAAAAAUGUAAAGGUGCUUCCUAGUGUUUCCGUCUCGAGUUCCUUGUACCUCCCCCCAGCCCCAUGAUCCCCUCAAAGUUUGCGCGACGAGAAAAUCGACUUCGAGAACGGAUUCCUUUCUUGGGUGACUAAUGCAACCGGACCCCACGGUCUUUGCAAGGAUCUUUGCGGUUGAUUUUUUCAUCCAUCCAAAGUCAUGGCGAUGGCACCAAGUGACAAAGAUCGCGAUUCUGAAGCACGUGGAAAUUUCAAGAGGCGCCAGACAACGCCGAUUGUUUGUGUCGUUAUUGUUAAUAUUGGAGAAAAUCUAGUUUUGUGAAGUUUAACCUCAAAAUUUUGACAGAUUUUGAAGGCGUUUGUGACUGUGUUGUGGUCCUGUCCCAUAGAAAAUGACGUAUGGGUUUUGAACGUUCUUGGUAGGAGGUGGAGGUCGCUGACAAUGGCUGCGACAAUGAAGAUGAGUUUCUCAUUGUCCUCGCUGCAGCCCUCUAGCGAGACUCUAGAGGGACAAGAGCACGCGAGAAUGCGGGUGGAUAAGCCAUAUAACAGUCUUACCAAAAAAAGGAAGGAACCGAAACAGGAACAGUGCCAAUGUACCGUGGGAGGCCGAGAGGACUCCAAAGAUGACUUUUGGGCAGCAAUACGUACUAACUAUGACUAUAUUAUGGACACGAAUCUCAUCGAGAGUUGCAAAGAAGCUAACGGCGAACUUUCUUGGGACGAGGGUGAUGUUUUAACCCUCUCAUGGGGUUUAAACGAAGUUAGCUGCCAAUUUUCAGAACUCUACUCAUGGCUUAGAGUUCUUCAGGAGUUGGUUUACUCAAAGGAGGAAAAUCUUCUGGACAAAAGCCUGCGUGCAGCUCACAUGGAGGAGCUACGACGCAAGGCAUACCGUAGAAGAUUGUUUAACGAGCAAGCUGGAAAAUUGAUAUCUCGCGCCCCAGCUUUGAAAGAUGAAGUCGCAUGGCGCGUUGAUCAUCUCAAUGCAAAAUGGGAACUCGUUGAACAAAUUAUGGCUCCUGUUGCCAGGCCUGUAUCCGAUCACCAGGAUGUUUCUGCAGACUUCGAUCACGAAGUGAAGUGUCUGAGAAAAUGGCUACGUGAAAUGGAAGCUCGUCUUCAACCCCUGAGUUUCCAUGUCGAUUGGAGCAGAGCUGAACUGGAGGAAAAAGGAAUCGAGCACAUGGUUCUCCAAAAAGAUAUAGAAGCUCACGGUCGCAUAGUGAGUUCAGUUGUGAAGCUUAGUGAGAAGGUUUCGGGAGAGUGUGAGGAGCAACAAAAAGGAAACGAUCAACAACAACAAGAUCAGGAACAACAGCAUCCGGCAUUGAGAGUGGCAAGCUCUCUCGAACGUCGUUGGCAUCUUCUGUUUCUUCGAGCCUUGGAAUGGCAGUGUCACAUCGAGACACUCGCUUCUCGUACCUGCAACAAGAACGGUCUUUCGAGCAGUUGUUGUAGCAGUGAUAGCGACGAGGAGCCGGUCACGAAGCAACCACGUCUGAGCCGAAGGCAAUCACGAGAGUCUGGAAGGGAAGAAGGUGGUGGUUGUAGUUCUCCAGGGCAAUACGCUCAUUCGACACGCUCUUCAGGACGGGCAAAACGCGUCAGAGCAUUCAGACCCUGUCCUUCUGCCUCUGACCCUGGCACAUCGAAAGCCGACCUUUCUGACAGCGACGUGUCUUCCGAGAACAGAUUCAUCGACGAUGGAUCCUACUUUGAGGAUGAUCUUGAUGAGCUCUGUGUGAUGGACACUAGUCCCGAGGAUCUGAACAAGACAGAAUUGCACAUUUUCGACCGAGUCUCAGUUGGAUUGGGCGAUCAGGGCGAAGAGGGUGAUAUCGAGGAAGGCGGAUUGAGUGAAGAAGAGGAAUCAAAAGACGAAAUGGCACCUACGCCUGAUCCCGUUUCAGCAACGACAACGACGUCAAUCGAGAUUUCGAUUGAUGAAAUCGACGCUGGACGACGAACUGUUCAUGCAGAAGCGACCGUAUUUUCCUGUGGAUCCAAGUCUGCAUUUGACGCUCCUAGGCGUCGAAAAACUUUCGAAGACGCCUCUUUCAACACAUCCAACAGAAAGUCGAAGAAUUGUGCGACCUUUUACUUCAAGCACAUGGACACUGACUCAGAAGCCGAUGGCUCUGCAGCAAACGAGUCUCCGAACGUGGUUGAUGAUUCCUCCGAAGAAGAGUGGACCUACACAAAUUCCCGUUCAGAUGAGAUGUCUUGUCAGGUGGUAGAGCAAAAGACUCAUGUCAAGGUUCGCCUCGAUUUUGGAGAAGGUCAGCAGCAGCAGGAUGAUAAAAAUGAGGAGGAGGAGGAGGAGGAGGAGGAGGAGGAGGAGGUUGCUCUCGAAAAUAGAGCAACAGCAACUAAACGGCAGAUUGCAAGCAAGAGGACGCUGAGCUGUUGCGAAGAGAUGAUUCAGAAGGAAAGUGAGGAGGAAAUGAAGCAGGACAAGUAUGAUAUUCAGAGACUGGUGAUGGAGGUGGAGAAGCUUGUCCGAGAGGAAGGAAGAGUCGGAGCUUCCAGAAACUUUACGCCUCUGAUUUUUGAGGAUCGAAAAGACGGCGCGAACAGCAAUCGUGCCAAAUAUGCUCGCAUCAGGGAGUGGCUCAGGCUCAAUUAUGUCGAGAAAUAUGAUGAGAUGUCUAAUUCAGAGUAUCGUUCUUUGGACAGCUGCGACGCCAGCGGCGAGUACACAACUGGAGAAUCAGACGUCGAGAAACAGUCGAUCUCCUCCGAAGAUUUGCAGAGCAGCAUAGUUACUUAUCGUCGACUCGAUGGAUAUUUAGGAUGCGUUUCGCAGUCCGUUUCUCAGGAAAUUUUUGAUUCUGCGGAGAUGACGCCUGUGAAUGAAAGCUAUCAGCCAUUUAUAACGGAAACGAGCACUCCGAAGGUCGUGAUGAGAUCCAAGAGGAAGGCAAAUGGUCCCAGACCCUGGAGUGUUUCCUGCAUCACGCAAAUUAGGAACAACUCGAACGAAAAUGAAGGAAAUGACUCGAUCUCUCAGUUUUCCAUUUCCGAGACUGCUCUUCAUCAACUCGUCGCAUCUUCACCCAUCAAAUCGAUGUCCUUGGAUGCAACAGGUUCAACCGCUCCAUUCAAUAACUCAACAUCGACCUUAUUGGAAGAAACCGUAAGUGGUCAGGAUGCUCGCACAAUAAGGACCAGUUCACUCCGCAGGAGAAAAAGCAGAUUGCGCAAAAAGACUUUGAGUCGUAAGAGUGAAUCGGGAUCCGAUGGUGUAAAUGCAAUUCAGAAUUCCGGAAGUAGCGACGGCAGUUCGAAUCAUCAUUGUUCCGCGCGAAAUCGGUCAAUUCGAACAAUAGCGCGAGACUCUCAUGGACGCUUGACGACUCUCGUCAAGUCUGGAUCAUUUUCUGGAUGUCCUGCCAAUCAGGAGUUGUCUGGUGAGCGACUUUCCGUGAGCGAUCCUGCUCCGGUGAAAAGACUCACUUACUGUCAGUCGAACGCUUCUACUUCCGACGCAGAGGAGGAGGAACGCACCUGCAAUCGGGGCAAGGAAAUCUGCAGUGGACAGUUCAACGCUGACAGUGAUGUCGAGAAGAAUAGUCUGGGAACUGUUUCCUUCUCUGAGCAAGCUUGGGACAAUUAUCAGGAAAAUUAUAUGAGCGAGGCUUACAGUGAAGCACCUGAUCUUGAAGCUGCUCGCCGCCUUUUGGAUUUUGGCGACGACUACAGAAAUUAUUUCGACAGUCAAUCCGACUGCGCGUCUAGCAUGGGCGCGAUUCGCGACUGUUCAUCGCCUAUUCCUAGAAGGCGUAUAAAAACUGCCGUGACUGAAGACAUCGACAGCGACAGCGACGUUGAGGACUCGUGUAAAUUGAUUGAAAAGUCACAUUGUCAUCUGAUGCACGCUGAAAAAUGUAUGAUGAAUAAGGGACUUCUGAUAGGCGAUGAUUGUGCGGAGAUUGCUGGUGCUUGCAGGGAAAAUAUCAAGUCUCUUCGCACUUUACUGGAAUCUGGUGGCGUUUCCCAGAGAGACAAGCACGGCAAACAAAUUCGAGGUUUGCUAGAAAGAUGGGAAUCGCUAUCGACCAGGGUUGAAGAGGCCCGAGAAGAGGCUCAAAGAGCCAAUUCAAUUCAUCGCGACAUAGCAGCUAUGCACCUCGAAUUUCGAGCAGCCCACGACAGAAUCAUGGCCUAUGAAAUUGUCCUCGAAAAACCUCAUGUUCUGGACCAGCGCAUCAAUCAAAUUACGAUAUGUAUCCACUGUACGAAGGUCGUCGAUACCAAGGACCAAAAACGACACUCCAGAAACUGCACAGUUAAGGAAAGUCCGGGUUUAUACGAAGAACCAGAUGUGUUAAGUUCGAGCGACGAUGAAGAUGAGGUGGAAAAUACUGUUCAAAGUUCCGGACGAGCGAAACAAGCUCAAAAGGAUGAUGAGACCAGCCGAAUUAUUAAUGCCGUGCAUAUUCGGCAACCUCUUUGGGAUACGCGAAUGAAUAAACUUGAAAGAAAUUAUAAGAUCCAGACGCAACUCUGGGCUGACGUUGACGAGGAAUUAGGAUUGGAAACAGGAAAAGCAAAAUCCCUUUGGGGUUUGAUUAGACACAGAUUUCACAGUGAGAGACGCAAAGUUGAAGCUGGAGAUAAAACUGUUUGGCAAUAUUACACUCCUCUUCUUUUCCUGGUUGCAACUCGUCAAAAGAAACAACAAUCGCCAGCUGUUACACCAAAAAAUUCCACAUCAAAAUCCCCGUCACCAAAAAAAACGACGCCGCGAGAGGUGGUUCAGAAAGUCAUCACCUCGCCAAAAGUCUCGUCUCCGAAAGUCGCCUCGCCAAAAGUCACGGUACCAAAAAUGUUUGAGCCAAGGAAAAAGAAAGAGACGACCCCAAGAGCCUCGAAUGUGGCUUCCAACUCGACUUCCAAUAAUUCGCCAGUGAUGAAAGAAACACACCAGUUUUUCCCGUCGCCAAACAAGCGAGGACGAACCAGCAGAAGCAAUAUUCAGCCGCUUUACGCUCUGCCACCACCGCCCCCAAUUUCCAUGAAUGACAGCCGAAAACGAGAAGUUUCCGUCUCAUCUUCCGACUCUGAUGUGGACGUUGUCGAAGAAAUUGACAUGAAUGGCUCUCUGAUGCGAACACACUUUGAGAAUCCGAUUUCCUACAAGCGAGUUUGCAUCCGACAAUUGCAGGAGACCCAAGUCCAGAAUCUUGACGAUGACGACGAGGACGACGAGAUAAGGCGAUUCUGCUCGUAUUUGGAGGUCAUGUUGAGAAAAUUGCCAAAAGAGAAUCAGGAAAUGUUCUGCGAAGAGACUCUGGACCAUCUUGCUUCGGUCAAUCGGAAACUUCGAAGAUCCAAUUUUUAGGGGGACUUGGAGAAGAGGGAACAGCUAUGGGAAAAGCAGAAAAAAAAAUAAUUAAAGAGAGGGAUCACAGUCUGUUUUUCUAUUUUCGAAAGAAUUGCCCCCCUUUUUUUCCCCCUUUUGUGCUAUAUUUGAGAAUAGAGUUUUUGAAUUAGUUGGGAUAUUUCGGACUGGAAAAGUAGUCGAGAGGUUGAAU